AUGAAGUUGAAAGGACAGAAGCAGGAGAGCUCUGACUCCAAUGGAGGUUCGAAGGGGAAAAUGACACCUUUGCUUGCACUGGUGGCACUGAUAUCUGCGUUUGGAUCUUCCUUCCAGUAUGGCUACAACGUGUCCGUGAUCAACUCCCCGGCCCCGUACAUGCAAGACUUUUACAACCGAACCUACUUGGACAGGCAUGGAGUGCCUAUGAUCAGCAGCUUCCAGACAGUGCUCUGGUCUCUCACUGUGUCCAUGUACCCUCUGGGUGGCUUCUUUGGGUCCCUCAUAGUGUGGCCCCUGGUCAACAAUUGUGGCCGAAAGGGCACUUUGCUGAUAAAUAACUUCUUCUCCAUUACUGCUGCAGUCCUUAUGGGAACCUCAGAGAUAGCAAGAACUUUUGAAGUAAUCAUCCUUUCACGUGUUAUCAUGGGAAUAUAUGCUGGUCUGGCCUCCAAUGUGGUUCCCAUGUUCCUUGGAGAAGUGUCCCCCAGAAAUCUGAGAGGUGCUAUUGGGGUAGUACCCCAGCUCUUCAUCACCGUUGGGAUCCUUGUAGCUCAGAUCCUUGGUCUCAACAGCAUCCUUGGAAAUGAAGAAGGCUGGCCCGUGCUGCUGGGACUCACUGGGAUCCCAUCAGUAAUUCAGCUCCUUGUGUUGCCCUUUCUCCCUGAGAGUCCCAGAUAUCUGCUGAUACAAAAAGGCAACGAAGAGCAAGCACGACAAGCUCUGCAGAAGCUGAGAGGCUGGGAUGAUGUGGACGAUGAGUUAGAAGAAAUGCGCCAAGAGGACCGGUCAGAAAAGGAAGAAGGGCAUUUCUCUGUGCUCAGCCUCUGCACCUUCAGAGGCUUGCGAUGGCAGCUCAUCUCCAUCAUUGUCAUGAUGAUGGGCCAGCAGCUCUCUGGGGUUAAUGCGGUCUUCUACUACGCAGACAGGAUCUUCCAGUCGGCAGGUGUGGACAGCAACAGCGUGCAAUACGUCACUGUGUCCAUCGGUGCCAUCAACGUUGUCAUGACUUUGCUCGCUGUUUUCAUCGUGGAGUCCCUGGGGAGGAGAAUCCUUCUCCUCGCUGGCUUUGGGUUGUGCUGUGUCUCCUGUGCGGUGCUGACAGUGGCCCUCAAUCUCCAGACCACUGUCUCAUGGAUGUCUUACCUCAGCAUAGUGUGUGUCAUCGUUUACAUCAUCGGACACGCUAUUGGAGCCAGUCCAAUCCCCUUUGUGAUGAUCACCGAGAUGUUCCUGCAGUCGUCCCGGCCCGCGGCGUUCAUGGUGGGUGGGUCUGUGCACUGGCUCUGCAACUUCACCGUGGGGCUCGUGUUCCUCUACAUGGAGGCUGGCCUGGGGCCCUACAGCUUCCUCAUCUUCUGUGCCAUCUGCCUCGCCAGUAUCGUUUACAUCUUCUUCAUCGUUCCCGAGACGAAGAACAAAACCUUCAUGGAAAUCAACAGGAUCAUGGCCAAGAGGAACAAGGUGGAGAUCCAGGAAGACAAGGAAGAGUUUAAGGAUUUCCACGCUGUCCCAGGCAGGCAGACAGAGAAGAAAAUCUCCAGCAGUGAGCUGUGA